CCCGUGGGCCCGCGGGUAGGGCGGCCGGCCUGUGUGGGCCGCGCGGGGCGGGCGGCGCUGUUCCCCAGCGCCCGCCGAGGCUGGGCCGCCCUGCGGCCCCCCCACCCGCGGCCCGCGCCGAAGUCAUGGCGCGGCCGCGCGCCCUGGGCCGCAUACCCGAACUGCAGCUGGAGGCCUUCCCGGCGGCGGCAGCGGCGGCCACCGAGGACGAGGCGUUCCUGCCCGAGCCCCCGGCCCCGCGCGCGCCCCGCCGCCCACGUUCGCCACCUUCCUCGCCUGUCUUCUUUGCCAGCCCGUCCCCAACUUUCCGCAGGCGCCUUCGGCUUCUCCGCGGCUUUCAGGAUUUCGGUCGCCAGGCGUGGGCCGGGGCAGCGAUAAAAAUCAAGUCUGCUCGCCAGGGUUGCUGUGGAGACAUCUGAUAAGGCAUGCAGUAGGCGCUCAAUAAACGCUAUGUUCCUCCCA